ACUGCGAUACUUCCGAUGGUAACGGAAGUGACGUCAACAUCAGCAAUGGAGGAGAGGUUUUGUCCAGAAAUGCACAACUAUGCACCAAGGCGAUAUCCCAGGGAAUCUUAUGAAGAAAAUUCACAGUAUGAUGAGCUGGCAUACGAUUACUAUGAAUCUCCGUCUCACAGGUCGGAGAGAUGGAGGAAUGUGUCCAAUCAGGCUGAUAUGCAUUCCGAAAGCAACAGAAGAUAUUACGAUGAUGCUACUUACACUUCUUCAUCCAGAGACGAUUUCUUGGAUCAUGAGGAUAGAGGUGAUCGCCAUUCACAGUACAACGAUUUGAGGAAUCCCACUGACACCAGUGGGGAUGCAGGAUUGUUUGGCAGGCCAGCAAAUUCAAGUGACAGUGAUGCCAGGAGAGGAUAUGGGAUUUACCAGAGAUCAGUGAGCCCUGCUGAGUCUAGAGAUCGACCGGAAUCAUACAGAAGCCCAAGUAAUUGGCAGUCUCAGAGUUCAGUUGAUGACUCGAGAGAUUACCAAUUCUACAGGAGAUCCCAAAGUCCUGAUGGCAGAGAUAGUCAUGGUUCAUAUAAUAGAUCCCAAAAUCCUGUUGCUAAGUCAGGGCAUUUAGAAUCACGCAGGCGAUCCUGGAGCCCUGGCCAUAAGACUGGGGAUCAGGGAUCAAACCCCCCAUCGGGAAGUCCCGUGAAGGCACCUGAUGCAGAGUUAUACAAAUUAUUAAGUAAUGUUAUUGAUAAUGCUCGGCGUAUGAAAGCUAGUAAAAAUGACCCCUCUCACACAUCUUGGAGCAACUCAUCUAGGGAUUCCCCUCAAAGGGAUUCUUCUGCUUACCAGACCGACGCACCUACACUUGGGUUCCAUGGAGAUGAGGAUUAUACACCUCAUUUGAAUCAGCAGAGUUAUAGUCACAAAAGCACGGAUGUUUCCAAAAGAAGUCGUUCUUUACAUGGUCCUCCUAAAGGUACAAGAGCACCUUUGCUUAAGCGUCCCAAGGUUCCAGCACGACGUGGCCUUCUAGGGAGAGCCCCUGGCCUUCUUGGGACUGCACCUGGUCUUCUAGGGGUCGCACCUGGCCUUCUAGGGAUAGCUCCCGGGCUCCUGGGAGUUGCCCCUGGGAUUCCAGGAACAUCGCCUGCCUUACUAGGGUCAGGCCCUGGCCUUUUGGGGACAGCCCCUGCUGGUUUAGCAGGGUCGUCCAUAUCCAAUGCGCCAGUGGCCACCUACAGAAAUGUAUCCUCCGAUUCUUCUCAUUUGCAGUCACUGGGGAAUAUAUCUACCACUACAGGUAAUCAAAUGGAUCUGGAGCAACAAAUAAUAAAGUGGGCUGGUUUUCAGAGUGUUGACCAUUCUGUUAAAAAAAAGUUUGAUUCCAAUACAGAUACUUACUCUAAGGUAGUCUUAGCUUUCCGCUGCUUGAUGUCGCAACAGCAUCAGGAUAUCUGUCAGUCAUCAUCAGCAGCACAUCUGGGCCUCACAUGCCCUGUGAUAGAUAAUUCUUUUGUGUCUCUGCUGAGAAGGAAGAAUAUCAUUACAUGCAGGAAAGCGCUGGAUGAUCUUGUACAACAUGAAGAUCCGCUUUUGCAAGAGAUUCAGAAUAGACUGCUGGAAUGUGUAGGUCCCCUGUUUGUAGCAACCAAUAACCAUGAAUUGAGCUCCAAGGUGCAAAGUUCACAAUCCGCUAACGAACUUGCCAGUGUACUUGAGCAGGUGAUCACGGCAUGCCGCCAAACAAUGGUAUUUGUUGGGCAAACAUUUGCGUUUGUCAGCCAAGAAAGAAGGAAGAAUCUGUUGAACAAAACCGGACUUGCAUCAGUAGCUCCAAGCUAUGAAUAUUUCACAAAUCUGGAAAACAAUGAGCUGUUUGGGAACAAAUACACAAAUGAGCUGAAGAGCCGAGUGGAGCAUGUCUACCUUACUCCAGUACAUAGCCAGGUUUCUAGUUCCAAUAAGUUCAUGGUCAAAGAGGAACAAUCGUCAAAUGAUGCAGCAAUCAAGCCUUCAAAAAUCUCCCAUUUGUCAGAUGCCAAAUCUGGCACAAAGACAGAUGUAGGUUCUUUGGCGCCAGAUGACAACAGUAGAUGCAAGACGGAUAAAGAUUCAGCGUCCACUGAUGGCAAUGGCAAGAGUGCGGCAGAGGACGCGGCAUCAGCUGACGAAGAAGGCAUCUGUCCUCCAGACGACCCACAAGUCAAGAAUAUUAUUGAUAAGCUGGCAAUGUUCGUAGCUAACAAGGGUGAGGCAGCAGAGAAAGCAGUCAUGCAGUACAAGAAAGAGGACCCCAAUUAUAGUUUUCUACAUGAUACAGAAAGCAAUGGGUUCAAAUAUUACAAGCAAAAAUUGGCACAAUUUUCUACUGAAAAAGUUUCUGAGUCAAACCAAGGUGAAUCAGAGUGUAAAACGUCAUUGGAAGGAAUGAAUGAAUUGGAAGCAAAUCCAGAGGAUUCGCAACCAAAGAUCCUCAUGCAAGCUGAGACUGCAUCAUCUUGUCCAUCUGAAGAAAAAGAUGAUUCUCUCAGUGAUGCAAAGACAAAAAGCACUGCAGAGAAACUAGCCAAGUUUGUUGCUGAAUGUGGUCCAGAGCUGGAAGAGAUUGCCAUUGAAAACAACCGGGAUAAUCCAAUGUUCUGGUUUCUCUAUGAUGAGAAUAGCUCAUACUUCAAAUAUUAUAAAGAGAAAGUGAAGGAGUACAGUGCGAUAGAGAAAUCAGAAUCUUCCACAGAUCCUGCAAUAGAAGCGGGAUCUUCUGGCCAUUCUGCCCUGCGCACCAAAAAGAGGAAAGGACUAACGUUGAAAGUGGGCAUGCUACCACCUAAGAAAGUGCGCCCAAGAGCUGCCCCUUCACCAGUUCGAGAGUUGAAGAGAAUUGGUUAUGACAAGCCAACAUACAAACCGAAGAAAAAGCCGAAAACAGAGGAUAUAAAUUACACCAAAAACAAACUGGCAACGGACAACCUUGGGUACCAGAUGCUACAGAAGAUGGGCUGGAAGGAUGGAGAGGGACUGGGCUCAGAUAAGCAGGGCAUCAGAGAUCCUGUAAACAGGGGUGUGACAUCAUCAGACAGGUCUGGCCUGGGAGUCAGUGGACCUGCAGAGGGCGAUGAUGGGGAUAACGAAUUUGCAACUUUUCGCAAACGGAUGAUGAUGGCGUUCAGAACCAAACUGCUGUCAAAAUCCUAGGUUAAUGUUGGGCUAGUGAUGUUGGAGUUGCGGGAAAGUGGAGAUGGUCUUCAUAGCACAGGUUGAAAGGGUUGGAGACCACAUAAAAAAUGGAAAAUAAAAGACCUGAAAAUCCAGAAUGUUUAUAAUAACAACUAUCCAGACAAGGACCGUACUGGAGCCCAUUAUACCUGAUGAAUCACUGUACCUGGUAACUUGCUAUACACAGUAACCUGGUAAUUCACUAUAUUUAGUAACCUGGAGACUUAUUGUAUAUGGUAACCUGGCAACUCACUAUACUUAGUAUCCUGGAGACUUGCUGUUCAUGGUAACUAGGAAACACUUUGUAACCGGGAGCUCAGAGUACACAGUAGCCUGGUAACUCACUGUAUCUCGUAAUCUAGUAGCUCACCUGAUAACUUGCUAUUCCCGUUGACUUGGUGUACGUGGAAUUCACUGUGCCUGGAAACCUCGUAACGGUGUAUGUGGUAAUCUGGUAAUACAGUAUACCUGGCAACCCACCAUGUGACAAGAGUGCUCCAAUUGGAUAAUUUAGGAUAUCCAAUGUGUCUGGAUCCAUAUGUUGUUGGUAAUUCUGGUUGGAUCCAGGUGUAUACACUUGAUCCCUUUGAUGUCAGAGGAUGGACUAUUAUAGGAGAUCUAUAAUGCACUUGUUUCAUUUUCUAAAUUUUUUAAAACAUGUCUUCAAGAAUUCUCUUAUUUGGAUAUCAAUGUUUCUCAUAAUGAAUGGACUAGGCUGUACCUUUUCCUAUUCCUACUGCCCAGUGUUAGCUUUUCCUCCCUGCAACCCAUAUUUAGGUAACAAUCUUGGCUUCACUUCUGCACACUUUGGCCUGAGGUAAGUAUCUGAGUUGGACGCAACAAAGUUCUCGGUUAGGUAUUGCCAGUUACUGGUACAGAGCUAUUGACCAUUCAAUUAUUGGGUGCAGCAGGCACACAAAAUAUCAUUGCAUCAGUGUAACUAAACAAGUGUUAAUCUAGCAAUGGCUGCCUUCACUUACUUUUGUUGGAGGGAGGGACUUUACACCUUUGCAGGAGAAAACGAAGUGAUGCACAUGGAGGAGAAAAUGAUAGUGUUUAUCACAGCCAGGCCAAGGUGCAGGGUCUGCGUGAGGUUGAUGCUGCACACUGGGGACAGUUUGUAGUGAAACCAUUUAUGAAACACGUUUGCAGCCUUGCUACUAAUGGUAACUUUGUCCUACACAAUUUUGACCAAACCCCAGGAGCUUGUACUUCAAACCCCACUUGUCCCAUCUCUAAUCCCAAGUGCACAAAUCAUGCAGCAACUGAGGUAAACAUUGACAAAGGUAUUAAAGCAUGAGAUUGCAUGGCCCCAGUCUCUGUGGGAUGGAGGAGAGGAAGGGACGUUUUGCAUAAGCAUAUGUGAGCAAGUGAAAAACAAGUCAAUAGCAGUACCCUGAAUUUGGAACAAUAGCCUAAUAGAGAGGAACACCCUCAUAAUGGUAAAUCUCUUAGAGCUUUGAGUUGCAGUAUUGUACUGAAAGUGCUUGUUCAGACUCCUGUGCCGUUUCUUUACUUAGCUUUACCAUUGUGUUGUGUUAUUUAUCAGUAGUAGAGUAUUGUGGUGUUGCUUCACUUAACUCGAUCACCGUGCAUGGAGCACAUGGAGUGGUGAUGUAACUCACCCCUGACCUUGCCUUCCCUGCAGGUGCCACCUGCAAGCCAUCAUCUUUGAUAGUGAACGAGUUGGAAAGAGUGACAGUUUCUAACAUGUGAAAUUUAUAAUCUGGAUAUACUGUACAAAAAUAAAAUUAAAGCAAAUGUGCACAAA